AUGUUUGCUCUCCCAGGCAAAGAACGCGAGGCAUUUUUCGACUUGCUGGACGAAUACUUUUCACAGCGUCCGCAUUUGUUGCAGAACUAUCAGCGUCCGUCGGAAGAGCCUGUUUCAUCAGCCCCUGUAGGCUUGAAGAAGCCAGCACCACCGCCACCACCUCGUCAGCAUCAGCGUCAAGUCAACUCGUCUCUUGGGUCAACGCACACCACAAAUACAAAUGGGAUAGAAUCUGAUUUGCAAGAAAUGCAUGUGUCCCCUAUGCACAAAGACAUUCGCAAACCAGAGGGGCUCACGACGACCAAGCAACCGCCAGCAUCGGUAACAGCAUCUGCCGCGCAGACCACUUCAACGCUCGGGGAGGCCGUGGCCCUAUACACAUUUCAAGGUGGCCAGCCUGGUGAUUUGUCUUUUGUUCAAGGUGAACGUAUAUCGUUGUUGGAAAAGGUAUCAGACGACUGGUUUCGCGCACGCAAUGCGGAAGGUCAUAUAGGCAUUGUGCCUACCAACUAUAUUGAACGAAACUACAAUACCUAG